AUGGCUCAGAGUGCAAGCUCUUCAAACAUGGGAUACAAAAAUGAGAAAGGGGUUUUGUGUAACUGCAAGACGCUAGCACGGGUUGUACAAGCAUGGACAGAUGAGAACCCAGGACGAAGAUUCUAUUCUUGCAAAGGACGAAAGGUUAAUCAUGGGUAUGAUUCUUGUAAUUUUUUUCGUUGGUAUGAUGUUGAGAGCCCACAUGGAUGGCAACAUCUAGCAUUGUUGGAGGCGAGAGACAAAAUGCGUGCCCAGAAAGAGGAGAUUGAUCGAUUGAAGGAGUCUGUUAAGGCACUGACUCAUUACAGAGGAAGACUACAAGAGAUUCCGAGCUCGGUAAUGGAUGACUUGAAGUUCAGUCGCGAAGAAUGUGAGGCGAGUCGGGAAGAAUGUGAGGCACUUAAGCGUGAAGUGUUGAUACUAGGCGAGAGGAGCAGAGUGUUUCGAAAUGUGCUAAUAUCAUCGACCUUCGGAUUUGUUGUGGUUCUUGGAGUCAUGGUUGUGAUGGGAAAAGAGUAG